GGGCAGCGCGUGUAGUGAUAAGCGAAAGGACAUUUUCUCCAAACGAAGCAUGUUCUGCUAGUCGAGAAAUUUGUAGUCCGUGUCGUGCGUGCGUGCGUGUGCUGCUGCUGCAAACUCCUGCAGCAAUCGACGAGCAGGACACGGUCGACGGCGUGUUUUUUCGGUUGUGUUCCUCCGGUACGGUCGGUUUCUUACGAGUUCGGUGCGUGGUUCGGUCGACGGUGCGUACGUUUAGCGUCCUUAGUGUAUCACAACCGAAGCAGAUAGUGGAAAUCCAACGUCCCGAGAAGCGGAUUAAUCGGCAGCCUUCCUCGAUGGAAAAUUGAUGAAAACCUCAAGUGGUGGAAAAAUUAUAGUUUCUGCCUUGACAUCUAGUACUCGGUGCUUAUUGCUGCUCUCGUACUCCCAAAAAAUAUUAUCCGACAUCAUCAUCGCAUCACGGGAGACAUACGUUUUGAUACCAACGAAGCGGACGCGUGCCCCACAGCCUACCGAGCCUACCACGAUGCGCUCAUAGUGUGUACGCGAUGCUUAUUGACAUUGGCCAGGACGAGCAUGAUUAUUAUUGAAGUUUGAAAACUCUCCUAUUUUGAACCCAUCAUUGAUGGUAGUGUGAGGCGAAAUCCAACGCGACGGCCGACCACAGUGCGUCUAAAAUACGAUGAUGAGAGAAAAUCGUUUAGUGAGGGGAUGAGAAGAGUGCUUCAGUAGUGACGGAUUUUGGGAUUACAAUAAUUGACUAGUCAAGUGAAUGAUGUUGAUAUCGUUGCCUUGAAGAGGAGCACUAUCCUGGAAUGUAGCCUCAUCCAAUAUAUCUAAGUGGAGACUAAUGCUCAUCAAAUCGUGAUUAACCAGAUGGGAUACAAAAUCAUUAUAGUUUUGGCAACCGGACCAGUAUCGCACACGGUGAUGGGGGUGUGCCCCCUGACGGGAGAUGCAACCACCCCAACGUUACAUACCGUCAGUUUCUGAUUUAUACGGUACAGACGAAAUAGAAUUCCUCCUGGACGAAAUACGGGAUCUCGAACCGGCCUGCUGUCAGCUAGAGGACAUUCAAGAUUUCGAGAUAGCUGGCAGCAGAGCUGGUGAGCUUUCUAUCUCGCUCGAAUCACCGUUGGGCACCUGCACAUCCUGGGACUCGCAUGUGCAUUAUCGUCAAAGGAUAGGGAAUACACCGUUACCGUGGGGCGUUGCGCUGCACUGCGACGCCUCACAUCUUACCAGCCCUACGGGCAUCGUGAGGAUAUUGCUGGUGAUAUCAUCGGCAGCCUGUCUUGCUUGUGAAUGUUCGGCAGGUACCGUUCAAGUAGGACUAUUUUUACUGCCAUUGAUCGGGCGAUUAAGGUUAAUGGUCUUUUGUGCCCUUUUCUCGCUGUUAGUUACGUGUUUGAUGCUGUUUUUGGAUAUAUCACAUAUAGCGUUAAUGUUUCCCUUCAACUGGGGAAAAUUGAAUGCAUGGAUGUACCUGACAAUCGGUUUAUUAUUUCUCGUUGGUUCAUCAUUACUAAUACAUAUGGUGUUUUUUGCUGAGGAAUUCAUGUGGGUGCCAAAGCACACGAAGGACACAUUGUUCAUAUCAGCGAUAAUUGGUUACGUUUGCUCCAUCGAGGCCGUGAUCCUGGCGGGCCUCACAAAAUGUCCCUCACAGUAUCGUCACGUGAUCGAUGACUACAGCGACAUGUGCUUGGAGGAGCGCGAACUCAGUCCUAUUUGUAGUAACGAGUUAACGAAUAUCGCAAACAACACUACCGCUACUACCGAUAAUAACAACAUUAACGCGACCGAGCUAUCGAAUCAUCGGAACUAUAAUAACAAACCAGAAACGGGUGAUAGCGUAACACCAACGUGUAAUCAGAAACCUUAUAUACCAGUGAAACGUCCCGACCAAUCAUAUAAUCAGCGUCCUACCUUAGGUAAUAUGCAGAAAUCGAAUCACCGCAACCGUCAGGGUUAUCACUACCAACCAAUUGCCUCAACCUCACGGCAAAGUCCCACGUUUGUCCUGGACGACGACGCCAUCCCAGGGCCGUCGAACCGAUCGCUCGACUACUCCAGCGCGUGAUAACUAGAGGUACUGUUCCGUUAUGUUUCUUUCUCCUAUACACCACAUCCUAGUUUUGGCUGGCCUCUAGGCCGGCGCUGCAGCACCGCGCACAGAAGACGAAGAAGUUCUGAAGUAGCAGAAGUUCGCCAGGGUCUACCACUAGUUUUUCUCCAUCAUCGAGGUGCAAGCGAAACGAAGAAACGUUCAUAGAGUUAUAUAAAGUAGCAGUCGACAAAACCAUAUGUAUUCGAUCCUUUCUUCUCUACCGAAUGGAGCUCAUAAUCGUCAGUACCUUUCGGGAAAGCCAUACCGGUAACAUAACAGAUCAGAACAAAAAACAUCAAUGCAGUAGUUUGUAGGUCAGAUCACCUAGAAUUAGGUUAAGGGAUAUUGUUCCAGUUACGUUCUUUGAUUAUCUGAUUAUUUCUGUUGAAAUGUUAGUUUUACAUUUCUGAGAGUGUUUCUCGAACUGGAUACGACACAGUUACUUAUCCUGAUUGUCGAUUUUUGUAUAGGCGGUAGUUUGCAAACGUUGAUAAGGUUCUUCUGAUAAUAUUAGUAAAAAAAAUGCAAAUAAAAAGGAGCUACCUACAAACAAUUAAAAGACGGGCAAACAUAGUAAGUGACAACAAUAACGGAUAUAAAUUAUAUUAAUUUAGUAACCAAAAGAUUUCGUACAGUAAUACAUUGAGCAAGUAAAAGUAAUAAGCGGUAGGCGGCAAGAUUGAUAAAGGAAAACACGUUUUGGAUAACCAGUUAUAUGAAACUAGAAGACGAAGUAUGAUGAAGAUACUUGAAAGUGUAUAAUUUCGUAAUGCAUUUAUAUUAUCUAGCAAAAGCAAAACUAGUUGGCAGGUUUUUAUUAAGGGCAGGAGGUAACAAAAUUGUAGAUAUAAUUAUGAAUACGAACGAUUUUUUGCUAUAAACGAGAUUCAUUAGCCAUGCAGACUAUACAAUAAAAGCAAACCAAAGUUGGUACUUGUGUGACACGUGGUCACAUCUUUUCAGAGAAUGGAGAAGCGAUAGAACUAGGUGAAAUUACGUGAGAAUGUUCUUAUCUUUUACCGACGUACUAAGUCGGAGCGUUUACAUUCUGUUAACUCAUUAACAUAUCAUAUUUUUUGGAUAGAAGUGACAACCUUUCGUGACUCAUUUUGCAAAGUCAGGUUUGAAUCUCUAUUUACUAGCACAGUGGGCAAAAGUGGCACUCAAAUUAUGUUACAACAUCGGCAGCAGUAGCACCACCUUAACUCAUACGCAUCACUUCACGAAUAAGUUCGAUUUUGGCAAUAUUCUUGAACAGAACAGUUUGUUGCGGGUAAGCAGUUUGUUGUUGUAGUGGAUCCGAAACUGCUGUAUAUGUAGACUCUAUCGUAGAAAGUAAACUUAGAGUUGUUUGAAGGCAGAAGUUUGUAUUUUAUUCUUCUAUCGAACCUUUAUCGAAGCUUCGUGUACAAUUGCAUAGGUGAGACCUGCUUGAAUACUUUUCAACUAACGACAUUAAAACAUAUGCCACAUCCGUCCCAGUGCAACUAUUUUAUAGAAGUUUUCAAAUUUAGUUGAAUCUUUUAUCUACAUUUAAAUCUCUCUGUAGAACGAUAGAAAAUGUGCGCAGCUGAGUCAGUUUUUUGGAGUAUUUAUCUUAUCUGCCGUCCAUACAGUAAAAACAAAACGUAAACCGAACUCAACCGAUAUUAUUGGAGAAUACUCAAGACAGAAGUAGCGAAAAAAGUUAGAUAAUGGAAGCUGAGAGAUCCGCCCACUAUUUUUCGACACUGUUAGGAAAAUCCGUUCUAGAACGCACAACGAUCCGUUGGACAAUGAAGAGGUUUAUGUUUCCACGAUCGCAUCUGUAUCAUACACACUAACACAUAUGAUACGUUGAUCAUAGUUCUUUCCAAACGUCGUUAUCGAUCACCUUUUCAUCAUCCAUCACCAGCAUGAUACAAUACCAUUCGAGGACAAUAAAUAUAUCGGUUGAAUUGGCAACACUGCUAUGCUUCAUAUGCCCACUGUGCCCCUUCCAUCAGUGCAAUAGAACAGUUUGAGUAGGAAAGUCAUAGAUAUUAGGUUCAAAAGUCCAUGGUAUUUCUUUAUACCCCCAUAAUAUAACUGAAACAAACCGUACCGGUAUUAAAUAGGUCCCUACUAACUACAGUUUCUACCUAGUCAAACGAAGAGUAUUACCUUUACAAAACGGAAGGAAGGAAGGUUUAUGUCCAUCAGUUUUAGGUGCAAUUAUUUUGUUACUACAUCUAUUUACUUAUUGCGAUUCAGUGUAAUCAUUGCUUACCAACUAAUUGAACUUUUUUUUCUUAACGGUAUGAGUUAACGUAUUUUCUGAAAAGUAACGUGAAUAAUAUAAUAGUCACUCACUCACUCAUGGGUCCUGAGCACCUCUAUUGGUACAUAUGACUAGCGUUAAAGAUCUCCAUCCAGGGCGGCUGCUUGAUUUAGCCUUGAUAUGGGCCCAGGUUAGAUUUCUUGUUGAGUCCCUCGAAUUUCUGUUGAUAUUGGCUAGCAGCACCGACGGUGCUCGGCAUUUUAGAACCUGUUGUGAGAUCUCCAAGCCCGAAUUAUAAAACGGUAGAUGACUACUGGCAAUUUUUGCGUGAUCACUGCUGACACACACCAAGUCUCACCGGUAUAUAACAACACAGAUUUCACGUUAGAGAUGAAGAAGUGAAAGUUUGUGUGUUAACAAUUCUGAUUGAACUUCCAUAUAUUUCGUAAACUCGCAAAAGCAGCCUUAGCCUUCUUGACCCGUGCUUCUGUGUCAAUCUUGGCUCAACCGUCCGACGCUAAAUGGCUGUCAAGAUAUUGUACCUUCUCCAUUGCUUGUCCGGCUACUGUAAAUUGAGAGGGGUUGUUCCUGUUGACAUCCAACGAUUUGGUCUUGUUGACGUUGAUGACGAGACCCGCUGUAGAGGAGCGUUCGGCCAGGUCGUUCAG